GGUCCUUGUAAACCGGUUGGGCAUGUUUAUCCUCGUAAAAAAUAUGGGACCGAUUAUAGAAGUUUUCAACCCUCUUUGUUUGAAAAAUAUCCAUGGUUAGAAUAUAGCAUAUCAAAAGAUGCCGCUUUUUGUCUAUGGUGCUAUCUCUUCAAAAAUUCAAAUAGAGGAUGUCGGGCUGGGGAAGUGGCAUUCACUGAGGUGGGGGUUAGUAAUUGGAGGAAAGCACUUGAAACAUUUAAUACACAUGUUGGUGAUGUACGUAGAUAGUGCUCAUAAUAAUGCAAGAGUACAACUUGAGGGUUUUCAAAAUCAAAGACAAAGUGUAUCACAAUUGCUAAGUGCUCAAGGGCGUGAAAUAGAAGCUGCAUAUCGAAUUCGUUUAACAGCGAUUUUGGAUGUAACACGUUUUCUUUUGAAACAAGGUUUUCCCUUUCGUGGUCAUGAUGAGUCUUCGAAUUCUCUGAAUAAAGGUAAUUUCCUUGAAUUAAUUCAAUGGUAUACCCAAAGAAGUAAAGAAGUUGCCAAAACAAUGAAUGAGAAUGCUCCCGGGAAUAAUUUAAUGACAUCUCCUAAAAUCCAAAAGGAGCUAACUAAUGCUUGUUCUGUGGAAGUUACCAAAGUUAUUCUUGAAGACUUAGGGGAUAAAGUUUUUACUCUUAUGGUUGAUGAAUCUAGAGACGUCUCAAUCAAGGAGCAAAUGGGAGUUGUUGUGAGAUAUGUGAACAAAUUUGGACAUGUCAUUGAACGUUUUCUUGCUAUGGUGCAUGUCAAUGACACUUCGGCGCUUUCUUUAAAGAACUAUAUUGAUGACUUGUUUGCAAAACAUAAAUUGUCAAUAUCAAGAUUAAGAGGUCAAGGAUACGAUGGAGCUUCUAAUAUGCGAGGUGAGUAUAAUGGAUUGAACGCUCUCAUCUUGAAAGAAAAUUCAGCCGCAAGGUAUGUCCAUUGCUUUUCACACCAACUCCAACUAGUUGUUGUUGUUGUUGCUAAGUGUAAUAGAAUUGUGUGUGACUUUUUUCAAUAUGUCACUAUGAUUGUGAAUGUUACCGGGGCUUCAUGUAAAAGAAGAGAUAGACUUAGACAAAUAGAACAUGAGAGGCUUCUAGAAAGUUUGGAAAGUGGGGAGAUUGUAAGUGGCAAGGGGAAAAAUCAAGAAGUUAGUUUGAAAAGGUCAGGAGAUACUCGUUGGGGAUCACAUUACAUUACUAUUAUUCGCUUGAUGUCUAUGUGGAGUUCCGUAUUAAAAGCUCUUGAGAAUGUGUAUGAGGAUGGUGCUAAUGAAGAGCGAGGAAUAGCUUCAAGUUUAAUUGAUAAGAUGGAGAAUUAUGAAUUUGUAUUUGUGAUGCACUUGAUGAUAUAUCUACUUGGAAUCACAAAUGAAUUGUCUCUUGCCUUGCAACAAAAAGAUCAAAAUAUUGUCUUGGCUAUUCAUUUGAUUAGUACAAUGAAGGCCCAGUUACAAGAAUUUCGAGAUAAUGGAUGGGAUAAUCUCUUCAAGGAAGUGAAUCUUUUUUGUGAAAAUCAAAAGAUUCCAUUAUCUAAUAUGGAAGAACAUGUGAAAGUUCGUGGUCGUAGUAGGCGAAAUGGAGAGACAAUUUCGAAUUUGAUCCACUUUCGUGGGGGAAUAUUUUGUGAGGUUCUUGAUAAGAUGAUUUCAGAGAUGAGCAAUCGUUUUCCUGAAGCAAGUACGGAGUUGUUGAGUUGUAUUGCAUGUCUUGAUCCAAGAAACUCUUUUUGUCAUUUUGACAUUGACAAAUUACUCCGCAUGGCUGAACUUUAUCCGGAGGACUUUUCAUGUACUGAUCGUGUUUUACUCAAGCAACAACUUCAGACUUAUAUUCAUACCGUCCGGGAUCAUGAUCAAUUUUCUACGGUUGAUGAUUUCGGAUGUCUUGCCAAGCAAAUGGUUCAAAUUGGAAUGAACAAGGUUUUUUUCAUUGGUAUACCAUCUUAUUGAGUUAGCUUUGAUUUUACCGGUUGCAACUGCUUCAGUAGAAAGAGUCUUCUCUGCUAUGAAAAUUAUCAAGACUGAUUUGCGCAAUAGGAUGGGAGAUGAAUGGAUGAAUGAUAGCUUGGUUGUAUAUAUCGAGAAAGAGAUUUUUGCAACCAUUGAAAAUGAAGUAAUUUUGCAACGCUUUCAACAGAUGCGAACUCGCAGGACACAAUUAUCUCUCCUAAUUUCCC